CCUCAUAUAAAGGCGGCCCACCACCCCCGCUCCUCCUCGAGGUCACCCGCAUCCCCAUCGCGAGCUCCCGUUCGCCACGCCACCACCAACGGGCGCGCACCCGCCAACCCGCUAAGCCCGCCCGCCCGCCAAGACGAGAUCCGCUCCGGGCAGGCGGCGAGAGGGAUCGCCGGAGGCCAGGCCAUGCCGGUGACGGACUACCAGGGCUCAACCUCCUCGCCCUUCUCCUUCGGCCGCUCGCUGCUCUCGCUACGCAGGGACACCGCCAUGCCGUCGGGCGAGGAGGCCGACCUCGAGGCGUUCCAGCGCCACGUCGCGGCCACCCUCGCGGAGCUGCUCCCCGGGGGCGAGGCGGGAGGGGACGCAGCCGCCGGGGGCGAGGAGUUCCUCUCCGUCGCGUGGAUCCGGCGCCUGCUCGAGGCCUUCGUCAUCUGCCAGGAGGAGUUCCGGGUCGUGGUGGCCCAGGCGCGCCGCCGCGGGGCGCUGCCCGCGGCGGCCGAGAAGAUGGUGGCCGAGUUCCACGAGCGCGCCGUCAAGGCGCUCGACGUCUGCAACGCGGCGCGCGACGGCGUCGACCAGGUGCGCCGCUGGGAGCGCCUCGCCGACAUCGCGGCCUCCGUGCUGCGGGGGCCCGCCGAGAUCCACGAGGGCCAGCUCCGCCGCGCGCGCAAGGCGCUCUCCGACCUCUCCGGGCUCCUCGUCGACGACACCGCGGCGUCCGGCAGCGGCGGCGUCGCGUCCUUCCUGGCCUCCCACCGCAACCGCUCCUUCGGCCGCGCGCGCGCGUCCCCGUCCCGCUCUGCGGUCGCCAGCGCCACGGCCUCGGCCUCCUCCUCCCACUUCCGCUCCCUAUCGUGGAGCGUGUCCCGCACUUGGUCCGCCGCGCGGCAGCUGCAGGCCAUCGGGGCCGGCCUCGCCGCGCCGCGCGCGCACGAGGCGGGCCUCGCGGCGCCGGUCUACUCCAUGGGCUGCGUGCUCCACCUCGCCGCGUGGGCGCUCGUCGCCGCCGUCCCGUGCCCGGACCGUGGCACCGCGCUCCAGGCGCACCACCUGCCCGCCGCGCCACCGCGCGCCGCGUUCCCCUGGGCGCCGCCUCUCCUCUCCCUGCAAGAACGCCUAGCCGAGGAGGGGAAGCGCAAGGACAGGCGCCAUGCUUGUGGUCUGCUCAAAGAGAUCCAUUCGCUCGAGAAGUCCACGCAGAAGCUCGCCGAAGCAAUUGACGCAGCCCCCAUCCCGCUCUUUGGUGACAGAGAGACCGAUGUGCGGGAGGCUGCAGCAGAGCUCGCUGCCGUGUGUGAGGCCAUGAGGGAUGGUCUGGAGCCACUGGAAAAGCAGGUGCGCGAGGUGUUCCACCGCAUUGUGCGCAGCCGUGUCGAUGGUCUUGAUUCGUCCAUGCACAAUGCCGAUUGAUUCGCCGAUCAAAAUCCUGCCUUCAAUUGGGCAAUGUGGCGAUCCUAGGUAGCUUUUCUUGCUCUUGGUUUGCUUGUUUAUGUUCUGGUCGUAUUAAGUAUAAAUGUGUAUCUUCUUGUAAAGAAGGGAUUUGAAUGUGGCCAUCAUGAUGUAAAGAUGGCUGCUUAGUUCCCAUGUUUUUGAUGCUGCAUUUGGUAUAUAUUUCAUCAAAUUUUUGUUAGCUUUAUGUGCGUGUCUGCGACGACUAAAUUCACAUUUUGUCCA